AUGUCUGGAUUUGGAGGGCUAGGAGUUGAAGGAAUGGUUGGCAAUGAAGAAUCGGAUGGAGAAAAAGCAGCUCCUCCGGGAGAAGGAAACAGUGGCUCCAUAUCUGGUGAAAGUGUAGGAGAAAAGAGAGGAGUUUCUGGUAAUAUUAUAGUUGGUGCUGCUGAGAUUGCAGAAACAUACAUUAUUUUUGCAGAAGCCAAUGAACAAUUGCAUGUUAUUGUUAAGGCUAUGAUGAAUAUUGCUGAGAAUGACCAAAAGGAAGCCAUAAAUGAUGAUGCCUUAAAAUCAACUGCUUAA